UUCGAUACUGCACUUUCUGACUCCUAAUCAACUUAAUUUUACUUUCACUUUUUGUAUCUAACACGAGUAAGUCGUUGGCCUGCAGUCUACACGUGUACGAAAUAGAAAUCAGUAUUCGAUCGAGCCUCCAUCGAGUCAGUGCUGUGUAUUUUUCUGUUCUUACAAUACGCAGUUUAUUUGGUUCUGCUUGACGUCUGUUGCCAAAACAAGUCAUUUGUUUGCAAACACCAGUAUACACUGCACCAACUACAUCAUUCAACGCUGUGUAUCGUGUUAAUUUUUCAUUAAAAUCAUUCAAAAAUGACGAGACACGCCAGAAAUUGUACAGCCGGUGCCGUGUACACCUACCACGAGAAGAAAAAGGACGCCGCGGCCUCCGGAUAUGGCACGAAUAGCCAGAGACUUGGCAAAAAUUCGCUGCGAGAAUUCGACUGCUGCUGCCUGUCGUUGCAGCCCUGCAGAAAUCCAGUCAUUACUAAAGAUGGAUAUUUGUAUGACAAAGAGUCCAUUCUGCAGUACAUCUUGACGAAGAAGAAGGAGUACACGAGGAAACUGAAAGAAUAUGAGAGACAGAAGCAGAAAAAGACUGAACAGAGUCAGCAAGAAUCUGCAACCAAGGAGCUUGAAUAUUUAAAAAAUUUCUUGGAAAAAUCAAGAACUAUCGUACACAACAAGGAUGAAAAACCAAAAGAAGAAGCUGGAGCCAGUACGUCCGUUUCAAAUAUGGCUAAUGGCAGAGACAAGGAGCUGCCUAGCUUUUGGAUACCUUCUAAAACACCAGACGCUAAAGAAGAAAUUUUAACCAAACCAGAUAAAAAUAUCUACUGUCCAAUGAGUGGCAAAGUAUUGAAAAUGAAGGAUCUUAUCCCUAUUAAAUUCACAGAAGUCAAGGAUGAUUCUGACAAAAAGUCGCUGAUAGUUAAGCAAGCUCGAUAUAUGUGUCCAAUCACACACGAUGUGCUUAACAACAGUACUCCUUGCGCUGUCAUCAGGCCAACAGGUGAUGUUAUCACCAUGGAAUGUUAUGAAAAACUAAUAAAGAAAGAUAUGAUCAAUCCUCUGGAUAACUCAAAACUCACAGAAGAAGAUAUUAUUCCUCUGCAAAGAGGACGCACUGGCUACGCUGCAGCUAAUGAAGAUUUGGAAGGAAAGCACAAGAGACCUGCUCUGCAAUGUUAAUUUAAACAUUCAGUUUGUGAUUUUAUAAUGUUUGUACAUAUAGUACAAAUUAUAGUUAUAAAUACUAUGUACAUAUAUUAGUAUAGUAAGUUAGAAAUAAAUAUACGUAUUUAAA